GUGUGCCAUAGCCUGCUUGGAAGAUGUCAGUAAGUUCUUAACUCGAGGAGGACAAGUAGCUGUAAGUUGAAGUUUGUGGUAAAAUAAUAUUGGGAAUUUUUGGAAAUAGUCUUCAGCCUAUUUUUACAUCUACAUGUAUACAUGCAAGAAGAUACUAACAAGGCUGUUGCUAAGAUUUCAGUUAAGUUGCUGAUAUAAUAUGGGAUUUAGAGUUAAGGCAGGGAGUCACUUGAGUGGCUGAGAAUGUAGGAAUUUGGUUCUAUUUUCCUUUUGUUUGCUUCAUGUGUAUGAAAGAAGGUCAUGAUCAGAGUAGCCAGGGACAUUGUACAUUGUACUUUUUGCAAGGCUUUAAUACAAUAUAAUUAAUUUUGCUGUGGAAUAUUUCAAGAGCUUCAGGGAAAUACAGUAGUGCCAGGUCAGUGCUGUCCCAAAGCUGACUGUGUCCAUUUAAAAAGUAAAAUAUGAACAAAAUGCCGUGGUUUUGAUGGGUUUUUAUGGCAUUUUUGUUGAUAUUAUUUUUUCUCUGUAAUGAACGAUAUCUUUCUUGAAUUACUUUUCAAGUCACAUGUAGCUCAAUAAAGUUUUUUCUGUCAACAUUGAACCAAGGAUAAAAUAAUAAUCAUUUUCAUCAAUAACCCAACAUAUCAUACUUGUACUUUUACUUCUUCAUGAUCUGAUUUUUAUGUUUACACAAUAAAUUAAUUGUGUUAUUAUCGUUAUUAUUCUUUUGUACAGAUAUUUGAUGCCACAAACAUAACAAUGGAAAGAAGGGGGUUCAUCUUGGAAUUCUGUACAAACCGAGGAUUCAAGGUACAAUGUACUGGUACUAUUAGCAGCAUUACAGAAUAUUAGUUAAUACUGAGAAACUAAGAAACACAUCGGGGUCAAAAUCACUUCAUAAUUAUGAAUUUGUUAGCAGCAUGAAUGAAUUAAGUUCAUGUGAAGUACAGGUUCUGAAUCAAUUUAAAAUGGCUAAUGGAAUUUGGAUUGGCUCAGCGGAGCCAUGAAUAACAGCUGUUGAUUGCCAUUGAUUCAGGAUUUAAUAUAAGGGUUUACUAGAGUUAACUGAAAUUUGGAAUUUCCUUGCACCACUCUUGAGCAGGGGUGGGGGGAUGGGGGUGGGUCUGGAAUGAUACAAUGCAUAAAUUUUUUGUAAUGUAUUAGACUGUAAUUGGCAUUUUGACCCUUUUGAAUUAAGUUCGCCUGGAAUAAAGAUUGGCAUCUGAAACAAUUCAGCCAGCCUAAAUUAAUUUAGUUUGACCUCAAUUCAAAUAAUUUUGAUUUGGCUUAUUGUGAAGUGCAGCAUUGGAACCGGGUUUCAUGAUGACUUUUUAAGCUUCUGGCGUAAAAUAGACUGUGAGAUCGAGCAGUCUCCUAUUUUUCUUUUGAGUCACAGUAGAUCAAGAGGGUGCUUGAGUUGUGAGCGAAAGUCCAAAGCUGUAAGGAAUAUGAGAGUGAAAGCUGUGUGAAAGCCCGAGCUAAGAAAAAAUAAGUUGUCCUUUUUCCUGUGUGCAUAAUUUUACUUUUUCUUUUGCCAUAUAUGGCUCUGAGGAAUGAAGAACAACCAUUCGUGGUUACAUUUACCUUUAAUAGUGACCCAAAUGAUUCCUUAUCUCAGUUUGUUUUUUCUUGGCAACUAGAUAGGAAAAAGUUGUCCUCAGAGAACCUUCAAUUGUUCAAAUAUUGUUACUGUACAAGUACAUAUAAAUUUGGCGCUGUCGUGUGAGAAACCACGACCAAAAAUGACAACUUUUAAAUCUUUUACUGUACUUUUUUUAUACUAGUAAGUACUGCUAGUACUUAUAUUCUGUUUGUCAAAGUAUUUUGUUCAAUUAAUAUUUUAAUAUACCUUUUGUGAAGUUUGUGAAGGUUAAUUAUUGUUGGCUAUGUUGUUAUCACGAAGACAUUUUGCAAAUUCUCUGAAAACUGGAAUUCUUCCUUUAGGUGUUUUUUAUGGAAUCUAUGUGCACUGAUGCAGAUAUUGUGGCUGCCAACAUCAAGGUACACUGUAACAUCUGUUCAUUUGUACUUAAAAAAACCUGAGAUCAGGCUCAAUUUAAGCAGCUCCUGCACUCUGAGCAGUCCUACAAAUAUAAUUUUUUUGGUCAAUCAAAUCAAAUCAGAAAAGUUGGUGGACACAUUAUGUGGCUUUUUUAUUACUUUAAUUGCAGCAAAUUUUCAUCUAAUAAAAUAAAAGUCUUAAGUAUUUGAUUUGUCAUUAGUCGUCAUGUCUGACUGCAGGUGGGUUUCAACAGACAUACAUUUAGACCAAUUUUAGAAGGACAUUGUCCGAUGACUGACGGCUAUUUGCUGCUCUGCCUCGUCAACACUCUCUUUCGAGGUCUUGCCUGCUGAAAUUUCAUUUAAAAUCAAGCCAGACGAAAAUAGAGCCUCAUCUCAGUUUAAAUCUGUAUAACUACAUGUAUGGCUUUAAUGGUUGCAAGAAUAAUUAUUGCAACGCAGUGUUGAAGGAAAUCAAGAUUAAAAAUGAAAGAAAAGUUGAUUGAAAUAUUGUUUUGUUGAGAGUUCAGUUAUGAAAGAAGCACAAGAAGAUAUUUUUAAAACAUUUAAAUUAGCCCGUCUGGUACUGACCAGGGUACAGGCCUCUAAAAAAUAUUAAGGACUUUGAUCAAGCAUCCCUCACAUUUUGCCUGUUUGGGGCACUUGCAUGCUUGUGUUAGUCUACUUUUUAGUUACAAUAGACUUGCCUGGGAGCAAGUGACUAUGAAAAGCUACUUGCAUGGAAGAAUAAUCUGCUUUUCCCAUACACAUUGUACUACUAGAAAGAAUAUUUUCGAGCCAUGAGUGUAACUACAAAAUAACCCAUACAUUACUGUACUUACCUUGUGUCACAGAUGAGCUUGCAACUAAACUUGUUCAAACUUGAAUGUAUCUGAAUGUCCACACUUAAAGAUGAAUAUUUUUAAUUUUGUGUUGUUUCUGAUCUGUUGAUCUAUUUGAUGUAACACACCAUCAUUAAUCAUUCAUAUUUCCUUUCUUCCUACUUUUGCUGCUUCCAUGUUACCUUUCUCACUAUUUGUUCAUUGACGGUUGCACGUUACUCAACUCAAUAAGAGUUUGCUAAUUAUUUUUGCCUUUAAAGUUGUCAAUAUUGACUUGCUUUAUAAUCUGAUUUGAAAUCUCAGGUAAUGGGCCAUGAAUUUUUUACCAACGAAGAGCUUAAGUCAUGGAAAUCUUGGAUGGACUCACCAGCAUCCCCUCCUCUGUCCCCAUCAGGAGUAAAGAAGUUCACCCCUGAUUAUGAAAACUUGGACAGAGACAAAGCCAUUGAAGACUUCAGGGAACGCAUAAAGCACUAUGAAGAUUCUUAUGAACCACUGUCCAUUGAGAAGGAAGGGUUAGUUGGGUUUACAGUCAUCUCGCCAUCAAACCACUUCGCCACCAAGAAGUCUCCUCGCCACCAACGAAUAGUUUGCUUACAUAGUAUAAGUUAUCUUACCCUGGGUACCAGAGGUUUUUCUCGCGUGCGGCGGGAAUUUUCAGUGUUGGCCGAAGGCCGAAGCCACGAGCGGCGAAGCGGCGAAGCGCGGGUCACCAUAAAGACUUGACAGAAACCGGAAACCGCGCUAGAAAAGUCUCUGGCACCCAGGGUAUACUUAUCUAGGAUUUUUACUUUUUCGCCUAUGCGAAUUUGAUGUCGAGCCAAAUACAAAUCUGUCGAUCCUUUAUUGAUGAUCCUUGUGUCGAACUUUAUUCCAAAUGCUGAAAAUAGGUUCGGUUAAUGUAAAGUUAGACAUUUACCUUCCACACAAUCACUAAUUGGCAGAAAGGUACACAACCACCUGUUAUUUCUUUGAAAUAUGAUUAGGGAAUGGCUUUAAAAAAAUUUUUUUCAAGAAAGUUCUUCAUUUGUUGUAUAGUUAGGAUUUCUUUAAGACAAGAAAGCUAAGUCCUUCUCUUGGUGGCGAUUUCGUUGGUGGCGAGGUGACCGGAUACAGAACUGUUACUUCUAAGCUAGCCUGCGAUCAAGUCAUCAAUUUCGAGCGUUGAGCGAUGUGACCCGGGAGGAAACACGCUAGCAAACGGCAAAGCUCUAGUCUUCUUUCACUUGGUGCUCGUGCGUGACUUCUCAUGAUAUCCCCCGAAUGCUCGAAUUAAGCCUUCGUCGCAGACGUAAUCUAUACUAACCCCCGGUUAGUAACGUCUGCAAAGCAGCGCUCAUAUAUCCUUGUUCUGGGUCCCCCAAGGGACUCACCAAAUUACCGGAAUUGCGUUUCGAGUUUCCCUUCAACCUGACUGGCAAAUCGACAAUGGCAUUUUAAACAGUCCAAUCAUAGAGUACUGGAAGCCUGGUACACAGAUGUGGGCCCAGAACAAGUAUUUUUUCGGCACUGUUGAUGAGACGGACUUAGCCAGAAGUUUAGUUCCGUCUGUGGCGCAGGCUAGCUCGCAGGUUAAUUCAAAGUGGCCAACUCAAACUCUUUGGUGCAAGAGCUUAUUCUUCAGUACCAGGCCAUCAAAAGCAGUUACUGUGCUUCUUGUCCGAAAGACGUCAGUUUUGCUGUACAGCUUAUAACGGACAAACUGUGAAAAGUGCACAGCUCUCUUUAAAUGCAACUUAUUGAGCUUUCGUAAGUAGAAACCGCAGCAAGUCAGUAUUUUUUCCUUGAUCGAUCGCUUCGCGUCUCCUCAUCAAACCUCCACUAUGCACCUUCCCUUCGAGGGACAGUUCAAUAUUAACGACCAAAGUUAAAACUGUUUACUUUGUAUUAUUCUGAAGAUGCUGUUUGUAAACAGUAAAUAAAUAUAGUAUCAAAUUUAACACUAGGACUCUCUAAUACUCACGUACAAGCCAAUUAAUUUUGUUCAGCUAUGCCAUGUUUUCUGUUAAUUCCUGUGUUUUUGUUUUGUUACUUAACAGCAAUCUUUCUUUUAUCAAGAUUAUCAAUGCUGGGGAGCAAUUUCUUGUUAACAGCAUUGACGGUAUGGCUAUACUACUUGACUUAAGAAUACUGUAUGUUUCAGCAGGGCUGUUUUUACCUCUUGGAAUGGGCAUAUAGGUCCAUUUUGUGCUGAAAAACGUUGUCUUGUUUUAUGAGUCAGUACCGUAACAACUCGCGUUUAAGCCGCACUUUUUCCCUUAAGAAUUUUACACUAAAAAUCGAGGGUAUGAAUUAUCUAUGGAGACAGUAAAACCAUGACCUUGAGAGGCGAUUACCGAACAUUGUUUUAAACCCUCUUAUGGUAAAUUUUCAACGAUAUUUUUCAACUCGUGAAUUAAGGAGUGCCCGGAAACACGGGGUAAGUGGCUUGCUGUAGGAUAAACUCAUUUAUUAUUAUACUAAAGCAGUGGAUAGUGUUUUUCGCGAGCUCUGAUUGGCUACUCUACCUCCGGAUAUCCAGUAUUAGUAAACUAAUCCAACUAGUGGUAUAUUAUCAAUGCUGCGUUCUGAUUGGUUGAGCUACUACUAGGCUAUAUGUUAUAGCCCACUAGUAGCGAAAAGCGUUGGCUUUGAAAACCAAAACAAUGGCGGAUUAAUCGCGUUUUGCUAGCUAAAGUUGUUUUGUCUCGAUAUUUUUGACCAACUAGUUGGAUUUUACUAAUAGCAACAGUACUUAGUAGCUCGGAAUAUCUAAAAUACUCUUUUCCCCAACUGUUGAAAAGUCCCUGAUUAAUGUUCAGGUAUUGUUUUGUAUUGAGAAUUGAAAUCUACUUUUGAGUUGACUAACUUUCAUUCUUGUCUUUACUGCAGGUUAUCUGCAGAGUAGAGCAGUGUACUUUUUGAUGAACUCGCACAACAAGAAAAGAUCAAUAUAUCUUGCACGGGUAUGUUGUGUGUGUGUUAAAAUGAUUACAAUCGCUGUGGACUGUGUGGCGUUUGCAGUCAUAAACUGAAUCACUUUUGAAUCCAUUUAAUUUAAGCAUGGAGAGAGUGACUAUAAUGUGCAGAAAAGACUUGGUGGGAAUUCAGAUCUGACAGUUAGGGGAGAAGAGGUAUGUAUGUAUUUUUACCCAGAGUAGAUCGCUUACUUUCGUUUAACGACAAUGAUUACAGCGGCAACGAGUAGUCAAAACAACAGUAAGAUUUCUUUGAGAGGUUAGUCGUUGACAAAGGAAACUUUCUCCUGGACAUUUUAAUGGUUAUGGAUAAAUCUGAUCAAGUUUUUCCAUGUUACUGCACGACCACGACCCCGACCACGACCACGACGGAUACAAGAGAGCCACGACGGCGAGGGCAACGAAAACACGUGCAUCGCGCUUUUUUGUACAUUUCUGUGCUGUCGUUGGACGACUUCGACAGGCAGCUUCCUAAUCUCACGUUUCAUGGAAGACGUUGGUCUCCUUCGCAGCCGCUCGGGCCGGAGUAACGCAGACUAGGAAAAACGUGAAUUUAAGAAAACGAUUCAACUCCCCCCAAAAAUUUAAAGUUUGAACGAGAUGGAUAUGAGUGACUAAGCUUGAAAUAUCGCGGAUUCACUUUUUGAGUGACGUUUUCAUCCACGUCGCUGUCGGAGUUAUUUAAACUUCCUAGAAGAACGGAGAACGGAAAACUGGAAAAUAAUGCCGCUAACAAAACCUGAAUAAAACUCUAACCCUAUCAGUAACGGGUGACAUGUAGUUACUUAGCACCAAGUUUUUCUCUGGAUACUAUUUAGCUUUACCAUCGAGCUAGAGGAGCUGACUCAUGGGAGCCAGACCCAUUUAACUGGGUUCGUUUGACCAACGCGCCAACAGGUCUCCACUACAGCUAAGUGGGAGGGCUUUGUCGCCUCAUACUUUCGACCCGCCCAUUGGGAGAAAUUAGAUAUCUCUUUUCUGAGUCACCUGAGUCACUACUGAAAAAAAAAGAAACAUUCUUAGUAAUUUGGAUAAUGUUUUAUGCUAUUAUCAUCGAAGCACGGACCUGCACGGAGACGAAUUGGUUGCAAUUGCUGACUGUAUUCUCUGUCUUUCUGUAGUUUUCGUUUGCUUUGGCAAGAUUUAUUAAGGAGGAAAAAAUUAAGGAUUUAAAGGUAAGAAAAGAAAGUCCCAAUAACGUCUCUUAUAUAUUGGCCACUUUCACACUGCCAAUAAUUCACCUUGACCCCCCACCGACCAAACCAAUACAUUUUGCGUACUCAUUGUUUACUCUCUCUCUACUGGGUGUUGAAAACAUUGCUUAUGCACUGUAAUUUUCAGGGAGUUAUAAUAACUCCUCUAGUGGGGCUAGUUUAACUCCUUACAGUGGAGUUAUUUUUCAUAGAGUUAUUUUAACUCCAAAAAGGAGUUUAAAGAACUCUUUUUCAGGAGUAAAAGUGACCCCAGAUAUUGACGAGUUAAAAUAACCCCAAAAAAGGAGUUAUCCUGUACCUAAAAUUUUUACUCCACUUUCAGAGUUAAAUUAACUCCAAAAAGAGUAAAAACAACCCAUGUAAGGAGUACGAGUAACCCCAUUUCGGAGUAAUUUUAACUCCAGACUAGGAGUAAAAAGGACUCUUUUUCAGGAGUAAAAAUGACCCCAAAUUCGGAGUUAAAUUAGGAGUUAAAAUAACCCCAAAAAUGGGGUUAUCCUGUACCUAAAAUUUUUACUCCAUUUUUGGAGUUAUAACAACUCCCUAAAAAUUACGGUGUGCGAAAUUUUUGUGGAGAAAAAUUAGCAAUUAUUGAAUGCCGGUGAGUAGGAUGUGAACAAUUAUGCAGAUCGAGGAGGAUGUUAUCAUCCACCAAGGCUGAAGGCCAAGGUGGAUAACAUCCCUCGAUAUCUGCAUAAUUCUUCACAUCAUUUGAAAGUCGAAUUUAAUAAUUGCUUUAUUAUUCAUUCAAGAGUUAUCAACAAGCUUACAGACUGUACCUCCUCGCAGACUUUUUUCAACACAUUGGUUUAUUUCUCGACGGGGUAUCAGGAUAUAAACAGAUGUUUUUUCUUGCAAACACUUAUGAGGAAGUUGAUCACAUUCAUUGAUUAAAAUGCUUUGCGUAUUUUUGCAUUUCUUCCGUUCAGUUAUGAAGAAAUGGCAAGGGGAAUGAAGCCAAUUAGAAACGGCGAAAUAUUUUGAAUGAAUAAUUAAGUGUAUUCUGUGUAAUCUGAAAGUGGCGGCUGAUAAUACGGAAAACAGAAGUAGUUCAUUUGACAAUUAGACACUGAGAUAUCUAAUAUACAGAUAUCAAAAUUCUUACUUUGUAUUUAUAUGACAGAAAUUCAAUUGCCAUUCAUUUCAAACCACGUCUGUACGCCGGCUUGGAAAUUUAGAACUGCUACAAAGAGCUACUCCAUAUUCUGUUCAGCCAAACUGUAACUUCACUGAUAUUCUGAGCUGUUUUUUCUUUUUUAUUGCCGCAAACUGUUGGCACUGAUGUUGGGGACAGAGUUCGUUACUUGAUUACCAAGGUAAUCGUGUAUUUGGCAGCCUAAGGGUGAUUUUAUUGGUCGAUUUUAUUGAGUACUAAUUUGGCAUUUGGUAGAGCACGAACAGGCUGGGCUGUAAAAUGCUCAUCUGCUUUGUCCGUCGCAUAUUGAAACAAAUCAGAACACAUCACCGGGUGUUUGACGAAAUAUCCCCCUUGCUCUAAUCGAAGGAUGUGUGGAUUCUAGAGCAUCCUUAACCAAUUAUGAAUAUAAGGGGUACCCAAUGACUCAAUCAGCUGAAGUGAGGUAAGAAUCACGUGACUUGAUCUCACCAGUUAGCACCCUGCUAUCAGCAAAGCCUAUCGUUCGCUCUGUCUUUUGGCGUACUUAAGAAAGACUCUGGUUGAAUCGAGUAAGAUCAUUGUUGGGCAUGCGCUGAGUGAUGUUGGGAUACAGUUUCGUUAGGUAACCUGUUAGUAGUCGUGCCUGUUUUUGAACCCCCGCCUGAUAUGUACAGCUGUAUGGCUCUGAAAUGAGGCGCCUUACCAAGUGUUAUAUCUAUGUAAAGAGGUCAAGAUGUAUGUAUUUUUUAGGUUUGGACAAGUCAGUUAAAGAGAGCAGUAGAUACUGCACAGUUCCUUGAGGGGGUGACAGUUGAGAGAUGGAAAGCACUCAAUGAAAUGGAUCAUGUAAGUUACAAUUGAUAUAGAUUAACCUCUUCACCCCUAAAUCAAAUUAUUGCGAGGAGAUUGUUUAUCGCUCUAACUGUCACGAGGAUGUUUAGGUCAAUUUUGUGCUGUAGUCAUUACUUACAAAGUGCUUCUGUAAAGUUAUGAAGAAAAUAUCAUAAUAAAUUUCACCAGGGAGCUCUUAUUUUUGGUGGUUUUUGCAGGCGUAGCAUUAGAACUUUUUAAACAUACUUCUUGUCAUAAUUAUGAUUGUGCCGAACCAGAAGCAUAUAACCCCGAAUCGGGGUUAUAUGCUUCUGGCCGAACAAACUGAGUGCCCAUUUUUGAGCUUCGUUUCAAAAGCAUGUCGACGUGAAAGGCGCUCAUAUAAUGAUCGGCGUAUAAUUUCAGUUUUAUAGUAAUAUCAACACUAGCCAAGCAAACAAGGUAAAAAGUGAUCUGAUUCGCCAGUCAUGAUAAGGAAUUUAGCUCUGAAGCCUAGUGAUUACUUACAAAUUUUGGGACAGUGGUUGCGGCAUUUUCGUUGAGACGUUUUGUAAUAAAUGGAAGCUACUCAGUUUGUAAUUAGGGCUGUAGCAUUUUACAGCUACAAUGUAUUUUCUAUCUUCACAGUUUGCAACACUAUAGUGUACUUCAAGUUUCCAGUCUAGUACAUGUACUAGGAGUUCCGCGACGAGAAAACAAAGAGCCUAUCGCCGGAUACAUUUUUGUCAAGUCUUAUUUGGUUAUAUUCUUUUGCGUUCCAUCAGGGCAUCUACGAUGGAAUGACACUGGACGAAAUAAAGCAAAUGGAUCCCGAGGAACACAAGGUUUUAGAGGAACACCCCUUUAACUACAGAUAUCCCAGAGGAGAGGUAAUAUAGUCUAAAAAGAACGCAGUCUACUGUAAAGUUUCUUUAAAAAUCUCUUCGAAAGACCCGGUACACUGUAAUCUACUUACUACAAUUGUCCCCUCCUUAUAUCAUUCAGCAAAAAGUCGUGCUCAUUUUAAGCAGCGUAUUUUAAACUGACUUCGACCUUGUCUGGCUUUUUCAGUCUAUUUGGGCGUUUGUGACGCGAUGAGCUGUGCCCAGAUGUGAUUGUAUUAGUUAAUUUUCUUGAUUCCUCAAUAUUUAGUGCAUUGUUAUUCUUUCUUUUUUAAUAUCAUUAAUUAUCAAAUAAGAUUUAAUGCAUUGAACUAUAUAUAGCAUCAUAUUUACUCUUUCUUUUCAGUCUUACAGCGAUGUUUGUGCUCGUCUAGAACCAAUCAUUAUGGUGAGUAACUUAGUUUAGUAACACUUUACAUGGAUUUGUUAUAUAGAGUCAUUCUAAGAGCACUACUUUUCUAGGAGACUGUUCGUUCAUGAACAUCUUGCAAAAUAAUGAUUGGAAUUUUUUUGAUCUCUGUGAAGCUUACAAUCUUGUGUAAGGCAAAGCACGUAAGUAUUUUUGAUGACCAUUCUACUAACUGGACUUAAGAAAAACAAUAAAAAAAUAAGCUAAAAGUUGUGUUGAUUCCCAGCUCAUUAAGCGAAAUUCGUUUUGUUUCAAGGAAUUGGAAAGACAAUCUAACGUGUUGGUCAUUUGUCACGAGGUAAGUGUGUACCUUGAAUGACUGUUGUUGUAAAUAACUUGUAAAAGUUUUAUUAAAUUGACCCCUGGCCAGACCAACAAUAGGGUCCUUAUUAACAACUUGGGAGAACAUGCUACCUUUGUAAUGUCGUCUGCAAACGGUUCAACUUUCUAGUCUUAUCGGAUAAGGACGAUUGUAGGUCGCGUCUCACAAGCCCCGUCUCAUUUAAUAUCUGUGGGACAUUAAUGAACCCACUCACUGUUCGCAAAGACCAUCUCCACCAGCAUUUGGUCUUUGUGGGUGCCAGAGGUCAGGCUAUUUGCCUGGUACAGUGGAAGCCUUACUCACACUCACUCACAGUACGGAUUACUUUGAUUUUUUAUUAUUGACAUUGUUGUUCAAAAAUAGCGCAAUGAUUUUAAUUUUUGCAGGCAUUACCUCUUUUUGCAAAACCACUCCUACUGGUAAAAUUAAUAAAAUAAAUAAGUUAUAAGUGUCUGGAAAACAGACAUGUUAUUUUUGAAAAUGACGAACUGCUGUCUAUUUUUGUUUUACCUCACUGCCUUAUUUAAUACUUGCACCGGGUUUUAAAACUCAUUUCUUCCAAAUUAUAUACUCCUCUGAUAUACGCACUCUUUUAAUUGUAAUUUGAUCAGAGUAAAUAAACUACUGUCUUCCUGCAGGCCAUCUUACAAUGCCUUAUGGCUUAUUUCCUGGAUCACAGUUCAGGUGAGUCGAGAGAACUGAAACUGCUCUGUGACAAUAGUCUGUAUUUCAGUGUUUUGCUCUAUCUUUUCACCCUUAGAAAGACAUGUGAGUUACAUGCCACAGUCACCCAAACAUAGUCCUAUCACAUCUCUGCACAGGUGCACAGGCUAGGGUUGCUUUUCUUUUCUUUUGUUUUAGUUACUUUAUUGUUUUGUCAGAACACCAUUCUUAUUAUAUGUAAUAUUUCAGUACUAUAAGUCUAAUCGGCUAGGUCCACAAACACCGUCUGAAAAGAAUCUUGAUUGUGUAUUUCCCGAAAAUAUCCAUACCCAUUGUUCUUCAAAGUAUUAAAAACAGCAAUAGAGUUCAUGUUCUUGGGCAUAAAUGUGUUUUAGUCCCUUUUAUUUUCAGAGGUCAUGUUAUCCCUCGCCCGCGAAUAUUAACUCUAUUGUUUUAUUUUAAGUAAAAUUAGUUUGACGCAAAAGGACCCAACGAUGUGAUUUGUAAAUUUAGAUGUUUAGGAUGCUGAAUACAGUCUAAUUUGACUAAAAAGGUGUUUGCGGCUGGUCAAGUCCUUAUGUGUGAGAAACACGUAACUAAAACUUAAGACAGCAUGAUUCUAAGUAAAUUCACAAACAAAAAAAGACGGUCUUGAUCAUGCAGGUUGCGCAGUCGAAAUCUACCACACAAUUUCAUGGCAAUUGUCAUAAUCUUAUUUAUUUUUAUCAUUUUCCAAAAUUCCGAACCUUCUAAAACGUUUUGAAUAUUUUUGUGAGUGUCGAACUGAUUCCUUGCUUUGUUUCUCGUUUGUUAGCGGGAAGAAAAUGAAAGGAAAUAGAAUUUAAUGACUCUUUUACUGCCGUUUUUCUCUCGAUUUCAGGAGAGCUUCCUAAUCUACGUAUUCCAUUUCACACGGUGUUCAAGCUUACACCUAUUGCUUAUGGUAAGUAUGUUACUCAUGGUGGUUUUGUCUGUCCGGCAUGGUGCAAAGAGCGAAACGCGCGCAAGCGAAGUACAACCGCGCUUCCUCAAAAUCCUGCUGUUUUGUUCUCUUGAGGGUGGCUUCUAUUUUUAGGGUUACAGAAUUUUGAUAUGACCCAGCUGGUUGAUAACUUAUGAUAUCAUGGUUGUCCAAUUGCUCCUUACUUUUGGGUCGAAAUUUCAGCGUUAUAAUUUGUAUUUCACUUGUGUAAUUACAAAAUUGCUGUGGCAACGUUCCGUAUGUCUCAGUGCCAAGAUGGCGUCAAGCUUUUAAAAUGUUGUGACUCAAGAUGUCAGGGUAUUGAAAGACACUUUAGAAAAACACACGAAAGAGCACAUCAAGAUGGAUUCUAACAGGCAUUUUGUCGGAAAAUUCAGAAAAUCAAGAACUUAAGCCGAAAUUUAUGCUUUAACUUUUCAGUGCGUGGAGUCCUCAAUACGAUAAGCAACCACUGAAAUACACGAUUGCGAGCGUAUUUUUUCACCCAUGACAUUAAUAAAAGGCUCGGGAAAUUAUUAGAAUUUGGGCAAAAGGCAAGUGAAUUUAGUCCCUAAUUUCACGAGUUUAACAGUUGGUUAUACAUACAACUAUUAUGACAAAUCCGAGGGGAAAUCUAUUUUUUUCGCUUGCAAGUUACCUGGCGAGGAGUUUGCAUUAUUAUCCGAGUCUAAGUGAACUGGGUCCCACUGUAGUCUUUCUCAAGUUCUUUUUAGUUAGUGAGAUUGUUUGUUUCUCAUGUUGUUUUGUACGAUGCUAUGCACUCAUUCUACCUUUUUGUUCAUAUUUUCAGGCUGUAGAGUGGAAAGGUACCCGCUGUUUGUGAAAAAGAACUCGCCUGGUUCAAUUUCAGAGCAUUAA